AGCAACCGCUCCGUGCGUCCCGCACCCCGCACGCCCGCACCCGGCGCGGCCCGCGGCGAGCAUGGGCGCGGCGGCCGCGCGCUGGCACUUGUGCGUGCUGCUCGUUCUGGGAGCGCGCGGGCGGCUGGUGGUGGGCAGCGGGCUCCCAGGAGCUGUGGACGUGGAUGAGUGCUCAGAGGGCACAGAUGACUGCCACAUAGAUGCCAUCUGCCAGAACACACCCAAGUCUUACAAAUGUCUCUGCAAGCCCGGCUACAAGGGGGAAGGGAGGCAGUGUGAAGACAUCGACGAGUGUGAGAAUGACUACUACAAUGGAGGCUGUGUCCAUGACUGCAUCAACAUCCCUGGGAACUACAGAUGCACCUGCUUUGACGGCUUCAUGCUGGCUCAUGAUGGACACAACUGCCUGGAUGUGGAUGAGUGUCAAGACAACAACGGUGGCUGCCAGCAGAUCUGCGUCAAUGCCAUGGGCAGCUACGAGUGUCAGUGCCACAGCGGUUUUUUUCUCAGUGACAACCAACACACCUGCAUACACCGCUCCAAUGAGGGUAUGAACUGCAUGAACAAAGACCAUGGCUGUGCCCACAUCUGUCGGGAGACACCCAAAGGUGGGGUUGCCUGUGACUGCAGGCCCGGCUUUGACCUUGCCCAAAACCAGAAGGACUGCACACUAACCUGUAACUAUGGAAACGGAGGCUGUCAGCACAGCUGCGAGGACACAGACACGGGCCCCAUGUGUGGCUGCCACCAGAAGUACGCCCUACAUGCGGACGGUCGGACAUGCAUCGAGAAGGAUGAGGCUGCAAUUGAGCGCUCUCAGUUCAAUGCCACGUCAGUAGCUGAUGUGGACAAGCGGGUGAAACGGCGGCUCCUCAUGGAGACAUGCGCAGUGAACAAUGGAGGCUGUGACCGGACGUGCAAGGACACUGCCACCGGAGUGCGGUGCAGCUGCCCGGUUGGAUUCACGCUGCAGCCGGAUGGGAAGACGUGCAAAGACAUCAACGAGUGCUUGACGAACAAUGGAGGCUGCGACCACUUCUGCCGAAACACAGUGGGCAGCUUUGAAUGCGGCUGCCAAAAGGGGCACAAGCUACUGACGGACGAGCGGACAUGCCAAGACAUCGACGAGUGCUCCUUUGAGCGGACCUGCGACCAUGUCUGCAUCAACUCCCCUGGCAGCUUCCAGUGCCUGUGCCACCGAGGCUACACACUCUAUGGGACAACACACUGCGGAGACGUGGAUGAGUGUAGCAUGAACAACGGCAGCUGUGAGCAGGGCUGUGUCAACACCAAGGGCAGCUACGAGUGUGUCUGCCCACCGGGGAGGAGGCUGCACUGGAAUCGGAAGGACUGUGUGGAAAUGGGCGGGUGCCUCUCUCGGUCCAAGGCCUCUGCCCAGGCCCAGCUGUCCUGCAGCAAGGUGGCUGGAGUGGAGAACUGCUUCCUGUCCUGCCUGGGCCACAGCCUCUUCAUGCCAGACUCAGAGAACAGCUAUGUCCUGAGCUGCGGUGUUCCAGGUCUCCAGGGCAAGACACUACCGAAACGCAAUGGCACCAGCUCCGGUGCAGGACCCAACUGCUCAGAUGCCCCCACCACCCCCAUCAGGCAGAAGGCCCGUUUCAAGAUCAGAGAUGCCAAGUGCCAUCUCCGACCCCGCAGCCAGGAGCGAGGAAAGGACACCCUGAGGCAUCCCCUUCUGGACAAGUGCCACGUGACUUUUGUGACCCUCAAGUGUGACUCCUCCAAGAAGAGGCGCCGGGGCCGCAAGUCCCCAUCCAAGGAGGUGUCCCACGUCACGGCAGAGUUUGAGGUGGAGAUGAAGAUGGAUGAGGCCUCAGACACCUGUGAAGCGGACUGCAUGCGGAAGCGUGUGGAGCAGAGCCUGCAGGCCGCCAUCAAGACUCUACGCAAGUCCAUCGGCCGACACCAGUUCUACGUCCAGAUCUCAGGCACUGAGUACGAGGUGGCCCAGCGGCCUGCCAAGGCGCUGGAGGGGGCAGGGAUGUGUGGCAUAGGCCAAAUACUACAGGAUGGCAAGUGCGUACCCUGUGCUCCUGGCUCCUACUUCAGUGGCGAGCCAGGCCAGUGCUUGCCGUGCGUGUCAGGAACCUACCAGGACAUGGAAGGCCAGCUCAGCUGCACACCAUGCCCCAGCAGCGAAGGGCUGGGCCUGGCUGGUGCCCGAAAUGUGUCGGAGUGUGGAGGCCAGUGCUCUCCAGGCUACUUCUCAGCAGAUGGUUUCAAGCCCUGCCAGGCCUGCCCUGUGGGCACAUACCAGCCCGAGCCUGGGCGCACCGGCUGCUUCCCCUGUGGAGGUGGGCUGCUCACCAAGCACACGGGUACCGCCUCUUUCCAGGACUGUGAGGCCAAAGUGCACUGCUCUCCCGGCCACCACUACAAUACCACCACCCACCGGUGCAUCCGCUGUCCUGUGGGCACCUAUCAACCCGAAUUUGGCCAGAACCAUUGCAUCACCUGUCCAGGCAACACCAGCACUGAUUUUGAUGGUUCCACCAACGUCACACACUGCAAAAACCAGCACUGUGGUGGCGAGCUUGGGGACUACACGGGCUAUAUCGAGUCCCCCAACUACCCGGGCGACUACCCAGCCAAUGCGGAGUGUGUGUGGCACAUCGCGCCUCCCCCCAAGCGCAGGAUCCUCAUUGUGGUCCCCGAGAUCUUCCUACCCAUCGAGGAUGAGUGUGGCGAUGUCCUGGUCAUGAGGAAGAGCGCCUCACCCACAUCAGUCACCACCUACGAGACAUGCCAGACCUACGAGCGGCCCAUCGCCUUUACCUCCCGCUCCCGCAAGCUCUGGAUCCAGUUCAAAUCCAACGAAGCCAACAGCGGCAAAGGGUUUCAAGUGCCCUACGUCACCUAUGACGAGGACUACCAGCAGCUCAUAGAAGACAUCGUGCGCGACGGGCGCUUGUACGCCUCAGAGAAUCAUCAGGAAAUUUUGAAAGACAAGAAGCUGAUCAAGGCCCUCUUCGAUGUGCUGGCACACCCACAAAACUACUUCAAAUACACAGCCCAGGAAUCCAAGGAGAUGUUCCCUCGGUCCUUUAUCAAACUGCUGCGUUCCAAAGUGUCUCGAUUCCUGCGGCCCUACAAAUAACCAUCCAGCUGUCCUGCUUGGGGAUAGUGGGAACCAGGAGGGAGGGGAGCGUGCCCUCCCUCCACAGCGGGAGCUGAAAGGGGGCUUCAUGGGCUUCCAGGCUGCCUUGGGAAACCCUUGACACCUGCCUCUGGCAAAACCAUCCAGCCUGUACCAACCCCAUGAAAGGCCUAGACCCAGCCCAGAGCCCUUGGUGGGUCUUCCACCCCCGUGUGGAAACAAACAACGCCUCACAAAGCCUCCACCCACCCUUUGCCUCUAUUUCCCAGGACACUUAGAGUCUCCCCUCCUGAACCACCCCCACGAGGCCUACCUGGGCCAGGACACACCAUACCACCAUAUGGGGAACAGGACCACUGUGCCCUUGGCCUGAUGUAUUGGGAGAGAGGAGUGUGGCCAGCGCCCUGCAGGCUCUCGAAAGCAUGGGCCACUGUCACCCACACAGGGCCAGGCCAGGGCAGGAAGGCUGUGUGGAGGUGCCAUCUGGAGGGCAGAUAAGCCUGUGCCAGUGCCUGUGGAACCACCACACCCUGCCCCUCCAGCCACGGGCACGCACGGGACACCAAGCCAGGUCAUGGAGCUCAAGGGACUCUGUGAGAGAUGGAACAGGACCUCCAGGAGAGGAAUCCAUGGGCUUGUGCUUUGCCUUAAUAGAACAUCUAAAGAAGUUCUAUAUACGUAUAUAAAUAUUAAAUAUUAUCUACUUGUCUGUGUGGGGUGGGUACCUUAGGAGGGUUCUCUUCAGCAGCUGUAAUACUAACCACUGUUGCCAGCCUUCCCCAGUGAUUAGACUACACCACCACCCCCCAGCGCUUGCCACCCCUGUUGGGGGGAGGCCAAGCAGCCCCUCCCCCCAGCCCGGCGAGCACACAGACAUGCUUGAACAUGCUGUCGAAUGUGUCUUGAUGGGGACCAGACUAGGUGGUCUGGUAAAGCACUGACUGGGGAUGGGGGGGGGGAUUCACAAGUGGCAUCACCGUCCUGGACAGAACACCGUGGAAAGCAGCCCUCUCCCCAUGGGUGCUGGCACUCACUGACUCUGAACUGUGCCUACAGGUCACCAGAAACAAGGCCUUCCUCAGGGAUGUGCAGGCUGUGUUCAGAGAGCAGCUCCCACUCUUUACUGCAACGGGAGGAGAAAGCAAGGCCCCGGGAGAGGAGGCUUCCAAGGCAGAGGCUUUCGGGAGCCUCCCCAGUGCUUCUCAGUCUCUUAAAAGAGAGGAGCCCUUGUGUGGCCAUGCUGCAUGGCAUCCCACGGGCUGGGGAGUCACCCCCUCACACACAGGGAGAGACCUUGCCUGAGCCUCAGAUCGCUUGCUCCCAGAGACACACAGAAACCGGUCUGUAUUUUUCAUAUUAGCGGCUAUUAGAACUUGGAGGAACGUGGGGGAAAUCUCAAAAUGAAUUCUAAGGUUUCCUGGUCCCCCUCCUAACUGAUGACGGAAGGGAGCUGUUUCAUAAAAACACACGUGGCUCUUUGAAGACUGUUGAAGACGAGUGGGUAGUCGAGCCGGGCCUGGAAAAACCACAGCUUGAUGACCGGGCACAAUACAUCUGAACGCGGGCUUGGAACUCAGGGACAAGCUACUGCCACCACAUGGGUCCACAAAGCAGAAGGGCCCGCCAGUGGCCAUCUCUCUCUCUCUCAUGGAGAGUGGCAGGUGGACUUCCUGUACUUGGUCACGGUUGGGGCCUACUGCCUUUCUGCAGUUUACAAACCCUGCGGCUCAGCCGUACCGGAGAGAAGCUCCCUCGUCCUUCUGUUGGGGCCACGAGCCAUCCUCAGAGAGACCAAAGUCCCCCAGAAUGAACCUGGCAACACUUAACUCCUCCAGGAAGCGAAACAAACAAGGGCACAUUGGAGACACGCUAGGAGGGAGUUAUGAGAAUCAGCCCAGAAAAUUACCAUGACCGAGAAGUUCUACAAGGCGUCGUCUGCAAGCUGGAGAAGCAGGGAAACUGGCAGCAUUUGAAGCAGAGACUCUGGGCGUGGGUAUGGCCCGUCUGAAGGCCUGAGCCAGGAGCGCUGCGUUGGUUGGUUGUCCCAGGCCCAGGAGUGAAUUUGCCCUCACGCCAACAAUACUUCCCACUUACUGAAUGAUGCCACCAACUUAGGCGAGGUUAGAGCUCUUCUCUAGCUCCUGAUCCAUAUGCUCAUAAAUCUCUUCAGGGGGACACCACUGCCACUGUCCUGCCACACCACAGGAAGUAUUUGGGGGCUCAGACCCACCCAGUUAAAUUGACAGCUCUGGUUAACCAGCCCACUUAAGGGCUUCAGAAAGAGUUCUCGGGUCCUGCCUACAACUCCUGAGUGGCUUCCAGCAGUUGUCACCCGUGUGCCCAUUCUCACACCCAACUACGUCCUCUCUCCGGAAUGCCCAUCCCUACUGUGGCCACAUCAUGCCCAGUGUCCCCUGGAUAGAAGCAGGUGCAAUUCAGGCCAGGGCCCUCAGUGUCACGGUCAAGUCCUUUUGUAGCUUAUAUGUAUUCCCCCUCCCCGAAAGCCUGGGCACCUGGCAGAGGCUGAGGGGGCCUGUGUCCCUCCAGCUUCCUUUGUGCUCUGUCCUGCUCCUGGUAGGCAACCUGAAGACAUCUAUAGAGGAAAACCAAGCUGUCCCCAGGUUUUUAGAAGAUGGUCAUCAUAAGUGAUACCUCAGCAGAGCACCCAGAAAGCCUUCCUGACUUGUGUUCCUGGCACCUCCUGGCACUUAUCUUGGAAGCACCCGCACAAGGAAGCAGAACAACUUGCCCCAAGGGUCAGUGGUCAGCACAGCCCUCCACUUGUGGGUGGCAACAGUGGGCCGUGGCACCUGCCACUCCGAAUGGGCCUUUUAAUUGUCCUGGUCACUCGUACUGGUUACAGAGCCUUGCGGCUGUGCCCACACCAGCCUUCUCACCCUGGUUCCGUCUCCAACUCUCAGGCAGCACAAUCAGCAGGUAUCAGUGGUCCCCAACUCCUGGCACAGUGGCUACCGGUGGUGACCACUUUCCCAAACUCUGGCUCCCCAAGACAGUCUUUCCUAGCUCCUUCUCUGCUUUGAGUGGUCACGAUCCUCAGGUGCGCAGCCAAAGGUGGACACCUUGACCACCUUUCCCUCCCUGUCUCUUAAUUUGGAACAGACAGAUGAAAUGGAACCAAACUAUAGCCCUAAAGGUCCUGGUUCAAAAGCUUUAUCAGGGAGCCUGCUCACCCCCCUAUGGCUUCUACAGAAGGAGGCCCUGGCUGGUCAGGCUUGGGUGGGCCCUACCCUGACGUGUGGAAACUGAGCGUCUUACCCGGCCCCUUCUCACCCCGUCCCUCAGCAAAAAAAUAAGGACCUACAAUGAGUUGGGUCAUUCCGCAAACAUUUACUGAGGACCUGCUGUGUGCCAGACUCCUAGAAGACUGACUAAGGAACAACGCGGACACAACAACCUAUCCGGGACAGCAGCCUUGCUCCAUCCCUACCAAUCCACUACCUGACCCAGAGCACAGGAGGACCAGGGCUUUCUCCUCGCCCUUGGGCAAGCCUGGAAAGUCAGACUGACCUGGCAAACACUGUACAGCUUUACUUCACCAAAGAUGCACAGAGGGGUAGCUCAGCCCUUCUGCUCAACAAGCAGGCAGUGCCCCGCUGAUGCCAUUCAGACUGACGGCUGAAGGACUUGGGAGCGAAAGCACAGCAACAGCACAAAAAGCUCCUCUCUGGGGCAGGACAGAGCUGGGUCUCGCCCUACUUAACCUGUCAAAACUUUUGUCAAGGUGCCAGGUGGAGGACUCCUCAGAGCCCAGGUGGUGUGACAUAGCCUGUGCUCUCCUCCAGCACCCUGUUUAGACAGCUCCCAACAGUGGGCUUUUUGCUGGCUGUGAUCUCACCAGCUUGCACCCAGCCAUACCAGUUGGCAAAGGCCUUGGUUGGACGCUCUGAAAGUCUGCAUUCCCAUGACUCAACAGGGAGCAACAAAGAUGGGGGGCGGGGGUGUCAUAGUCCUUCAGUCUCAUGCCAAGCACUAAGGUAAACCCUUUCUGCCAAGCCCCCCCCCCCAGCCCUGUGACAUGGGUGAGACUGAACCCAUGGUUCAGGCCUUGACUCUGAGACCAAGUAAUAUGCCCAAAAGGAGUGAGACACUAGAAGCAUUAGUGAUGACCUUGGUGACAUCCCACCCUUUCUAACACACACUCAGAGCAAGGAUGAACUCGGCAUCCCUUGGGUGGGAACCAGGGUCCUCACCAUCCAGACAUGAACUGUCACCAACACCCACCAUACCUGUGUAGACCCUCAGCCCUGCACAUGAGGGAGACGCCCCAGUGCCUGCCAGCACAAACAGGGAAGCAGAGGGCGGAUUUGUCAGAAAAUACAAGCUUUUCCAAGGUCAGAGCCAGGAGCACCCAGAAGCCAUCCACACUGCUCAAGAGAUGGCGGCACUCCUGCACCCCCCCCUUCGCCCUGGCCCCUGCCCUGGCCCCCACACAUAUGCAGUCUGUCCAGACACUGGGUGGCAGUCCUAAUGCACAGUGACCAAUAUCCCCAUUACCACAUUUGCCUUCCAGCUGCCUCAGUAUUGAAAGCUUUUCUCUACCACCUUUUCCCCCUAUGCAUGUAAUUAAACACUUGUGGAAAUCACUUUAAUAAUAAACAGGAAC